UAUUCCAUGUAUUUGUGUCAGCUUGGGUCUCUUUUGUUUAUACAUUUUGUUAAUUGAACCGCAGGGAUUUACAGAAGCAUUUUUGGAACAUCUUUGGAAGAAACUACAGAACCCAAACAACCCUGCAAUAAUCAGACAAACAGCUGCAAGUUAUAUUGGGAGUUUCCUGUCUCGAGCCAGGUUUAUUCCUUUGGUGACUGUGAAGGCCUGCCUUGAUCUCCUAGUUAACUGGUUGCACAGCUACAUUAACAACCAAGAUGCUGGAAGUAGAGCUUUUUGUGACGUUACAUUACAUGGACCCUUUUAUGCUGUUUGCCAGGCAGUUUUCUACACGGUGAUCUUUCGACACAAGCAGCUUCUAGAGGGAAACUUGCAGAAAGGUUUGGCAUACCUGCAAGGCCUGAACUUUGAACGAAUUGUUAUGUGUCAGCUCAACCCACUAAAGAUAUGCCUUCCCGCAGUGGUUAAUUUUUUUGCUGCCAUCACUAGGAAAUAUCAACUAGUGUUUUGCUACACUAUCAUAGAGAGAAACAACAGGCAGAUGAUACCUAUCAUAAGAAGCAACACUUGUGGCACCUCUGUUCAGUCAUGCACUAACCCAUUGGACAGCUUUUUUCCUUUUGAUUCUUGUGUACUGAAAAGGUGUAAGAAGAUUAUAGAUCCUAUUUAUCAGCCUUGGGAGGAGUCCAAUGUUGAAGAAUUUAAAAGCCCUAGGAAGCAGCAGGCUACAAUUACAGAUGAUGAAGAUGAUUUUCUCAAAGGAGAAAAGCCACGCAAUGACAGUAUUGUUGAAAUGACGCCGGGUUCAUAUGACUCCUUCCUGAAGAGUCCAGUAAGUAGCAUUGGCUCUCCUCCUGUCAAGUUUCUUCAGCGGCCCUUCUGAACAUUCAAGA